CUUUAUUUUUGCAUUUUCAAGCUUUUCGGUCACUAUGUAACGACAUUAACGAAAGCUGACCCUAUCGGAUAGGCCAAGUGCCCAGAAAACUGGAAGAGAGAAUCAUAAGAAGGCGAGCUAAAAUGGUGAGCUUUUGACAUAAAGAUUCCUUCGACUGCUUCUGUGUGGGUUUUCCGCGACGAGACAAUAUGGUCAUCCAGGACUCGGUCGAUUCCGGCCAUGCUCGUUUACAUGAGCUGGGAUACAAGCAAGAACUCAAGCGCGAUCUUUCGGUCUUGUCGAAUUUCGCGUUUGCGUUCAGCGUUGUCUCUGUGCUCACGGGGUUGAACACCCUCUACAGCAAUGGGUUGAAUUCUGGAGGCCCGAUUUCAUUUAUCUAUGGAUGGCUGAUUGUCGGUACUUUGACCAUGAUUGUUGGGCUGUCCAUGGCUGAGAUUUGCUCUUCUUAUCCCACUUCUGGGGGGCUCUAUUACUGGAGCGCCAAACUUGCCGGUCCAAGCUGGGCACCUUUUGCUUCUUGGAUCACCGGCUGGUUCAAUGUUGUUGGUCAGUGGGCCGUAACGACAAGUGUAGAUUUUUCGCUUGCACAGUUGAUUCAGGUGAUGAUUCUUCUCGGGACAGGUGGGAAAAAUGGAGGAGGUUAUGAACCUUCCAAGUAUGUUGUUAUUGCUAUGCAUGCAGGAAUUCUUCUCUCACAUGCCUUCUUAAAUAGUCUUCCCAUCUCAUUAUUGUCCUUCCUUGGGCAAUUUGCUGCUGCGUGGAAUAUCUUAGGUGUCUUUCUUCUCAUGAUUUUGAUCCCCACUGUUGCCACAGAAAGAGCAAGUGCCAAGUUUGUAUUUACUAACUUCAACACAGAAAGCACUGAUGGGAUUCAUAGCAAAGUUUACAUAUUUGUCCUCGGGCUCCUUAUGAGCCAGUAUACAUUAACAGGCUAUGAUGCUUCUGCCCAUAUGACGGAGGAAACAAAAAAUGCAGAUGAGAAUGGACCAAAGGGAAUUAUAAGUGCCAUUGGCAUAUCCAUUCUAGCUGGAUGGUGUUAUCUACUUGGUAUAACUUUUGCAGUCACCGACAUACCACAUCUUAUAAAUCGAGAUAAUGAUGCAGGUGGAUAUGCUAUAGCUCAAAUAUUUUAUGAUGCAUUUAAGAGUAGAUAUGGCAGUGGUGUUGGUGGGAUUGUUUGCUUAGGUGUUAUUGCCGUCGCCAUAUACUUCUGUGGCAUGAGCUCACUAACUAGCAACUCCAGGAUGGCUUAUGCAUUUUCAAGAGAUGGAGCCAUGCCCUUUUCACGGUUCUGGCAUAAAGUAAAUGAGCAUGAAGUUCCUAUUAAUGCAGUAUGGGCAUCAAGUCUUGUAGCAUUUUGCAUGGCACUUACGUCGCUUGGAAGUUUGGUGGCAUUUCAAGCCAUGACAUCAAUAGCAACAAUUGGGCUGUAUAUUGCAUAUGCACUGCCAUCCUUUUUUAGGGUAACUUUGGCAAGAAAAACGUUCACCCCGGGACCUUUUAACUUGGGGCGGUACGGGGUUGUCGUUGGUUGGAUCACUGUAUUAUGGGUGGCAACAAUUUCAGUGCUCUUCUCCUUGCCUGUAGCUUAUCCUAUUACAGAUCAAACUCUGAAUUACACUCCUGUGGCAGUUGGCGGCCUGCUUCUGCUAGUUGUUUCUUCCUGGAUAUUUAGUGCCCGCCAUUGGUUUAAAGGUCCUAUCACAAACAUAAACAACUCUUCCCAUGAAGUUGCCUUAAUAUUGUGAUGCCAUUCCAUACACACAGAUACGAUUCUUCCCAAGUUUUUCCUGAUGAAUGUCUAGUUUUUCUUGAUGAAUGUCUGGGAUGAAAUCAUACCAGGCUGUAUUAAAAACGGAAAGUAGAGGAAAUUAUUCCAUUUACAUUUAGGUGACAACUGCGCUACCCAUUUAAAAAAUGGGGUACCGUACCUACCAUUCGAUCACUUGAUUGGUCCAAAUCAUUGUAUCAUUUUUAAUUUAGAUUUAAAUAAUUCAACUGCAUCAUUUUGAUUGGUCCAUGUGGACAAAUGUAUGAGUAUCUUAAGGGAAUCAUAGAAUCUACCUUACAUUUAUUAUUCAAAA